AUGAUUUCAGAAGCACCGCCGACCGUCUCGUCGCCGCCGUACGACACCAUCGGUGCGCGUGAAUGUUCAUUUCGGAAGUGCCGACGAAUGAACGACAGUCGCUCGGUGAAUUUGUGUUAUUGCACGCUGCGCGUGCACAUCGAGCGCGACGACGCCGCGCCCGACGCGCCCGACGCGCCGCGCGCCGACUACCCAGGCCUGGACCCGGCGCCCGUGGGCAGCUACCCCGAGGAGCUGCUGGCGGUCGCUCCCGGGGGCUUGCCCUCGUGGGACGACGUCAGGGUGCGGUACGAUUACUACAAAAAGAGGGGAUACCUGAGAGGUCUCACGCUCGGUGAUUACGUGAAGUGGGAGGAGUGGUGGUACAAGUACCAGGAGUGGCUGAAGAGAGAGCGCGCCUACGAGCGCUGGGCCGAGGGCGAGGGGGGCACGAGCCGCCGCGAGCGUCGCCGGCGCGGCGGGCGCCACCGGCGCAGCUGAGGGCGCGCCGCCCCCGCCGCCGUGCUCUGCGUAGACCUGGCCGCGGGGGCCGCGCACCGCUAGUGCGCGACCCGCCACCCCCGAAGCACCGCCGACCGUCUCGUCGCCGCCGUACGACACCAUCGGUGCGCGUGAAUGUUCAUUUCGGAAGUGCCGACGAAUGAACGACAGUCGCUCGGUGAAGUGAUAUAGUGUUUCGGGUGUGAACUGACUUUUAAAAGUGAGUCUAUAUGUAUAAACACUUGUAAAACUCGUAUUGGUAGGUGAUUUCAAACGAUUGUAUCUUUACAUUUAUUUUAAUUAUAAAAUGUCUAUUUACUGAAUUGUAUAUGUACAUAAUAUAAUAUUGUAAGGGUCACACACACACACACACACGUAGAUACGUUACGAUGUCGCGUCGUCGGGCGUUGCGACAUUAUAAAAUUUCACGUCACGAUAUCGUUGCGUGUUUGUGGGGUGGCCCUAAAUCCA